AUGUCUCACAGAAAGUACGAAGCACCACGUCACGGUCAUUUAGGUUUCUUGCCAAGAAAGAGAGCUGCCUCCAUCAGAGGUAGAGUCAAGUCCUUCCCAAAGGACGACAAGUCUAAGCCAGUUGCUUUGACUUCCUUCUUGGGUUACAAGGCUGGUAUGACCACUAUUGUUAGAGACUUGGACAGACCAGGUUCCAAGUUCCACAAGAGAGAGAUUGUUGAGGCUGUUACUGUUGUUGACACACCACCAGUCGUUGUUGUUGGUGUUGUCGGUUACGUUGAGACUCCAAGAGGUUUGAGAUCCUUGACCACUGUUUGGGCUGAGCACUUGUCUGACGAUCUAAAGAGAAGAUUCUACAAGAACUGGUAUAAGUCUAAGAAGAAGGCUUUCACUAAAUACUCUGCCAAGUACGCUCAAGACGGUACUGCUGUUGAGAAGGAAUUGGCUAGAAUGAAGAAGUACGCUACUGUCAUCAGAGUUUUGGCUCAUACUCAAAUCAGAAAGACCCCAUUGGCCCAAAAGAGGGCACACUUGGCUGAAAUCCAAUUGAACGGUGGCUCUAUUUCUGAGAAGGUUGACUGGGCUAGAGAGCACUUUGAGAAGACUGUCUCCGUUGACUCUGUUUUCGAACAGAAUGAGAUGAUUGACGUUGUUGCUGUCACCAAGGGUCACGGUUUCGAGGGUGUUACUCACAGAUGGGGUACUAAGAAGCUACCAAGAAAGACUCACAGAGGUUUGAGAAAGGUUGCUUGUAUUGGUGCUUGGCAUCCUGCCCACGUCAUGUGGACCGUUGCCAGAGCUGGUCAAAAUGGUUACCACCACAGAACCUCCAUCAACCACAAGAUCUACAGAAUCGGUAAGGGCGAUGACGAAGGUAACGCUGCGACUGAGUUUGACAGAACCAAGAAGACCAUCACCCCUAUGGGUGGUUUCGUCCACUACGGUGCUGUUAACAACGACUUCGUCAUGGUUAAGGGUUCUAUUCCAGGUACCAGAAAGAGAGUUGUCACCUUGAGAAAAUCCUUGUACACCAACACUUCCAGAAAGGCUAUUGAAGAGGUUACCUUGAAGUGGAUUGACACUGCCUCCAAGUUCGGUAAGGGUAGAUUCCAAACCCCAGCUGAAAAGCACGCCUUCAUGGGUACCUUGAAGAAGGACUUGUAA